UUGAACAUGGAAUUCAACCCAUCAGAUCAUCCACGGGCCAGUACGAUAUUUCUCAGUAAAUCACAAACAGAUGUGAGAGAAAAACGCAAGAGUCUCUAUAUAAACCACCAUCCUCCUGGGCAGUUGAGAAGGAAAUACAGUUCCUGCUCCACUAUUUUCCUGGAUGACAGCACAGUCAGUCAACCAAACCUCAAGUAUACCAUCAAAUGUGUAGCUCUUGCAAUAUAUUACCACAUCAAAAACAGGGACACAGACGGAAGAAUGCUCUUAGAUAUUUUUGACGAAAACCUUCAUCCCCUUUCGAAAUCCGAAGUGCCACCAGAUUAUGACAAACAUGACCCGGAGCAGAAACAGAUUUACCGCUUUGUUCGGACGUUGUUCAGUGCUGCUCAACUGACUGCUGAAUGUGCCAUUGUCACCCUGGUAUAUCUUGAAAGACUUUUAACUUAUGCAGAGAUAGAUAUUUGUCCAGCAAACUGGAAGCGAAUUGUACUGGGCGCAAUUCUACUGGCAUCCAAAGUUUGGGACGACCAGGCAGUGUGGAACGUGGAUUACUGCCAGAUCCUGAAAGAUAUCACGGUCGAAGACAUGAAUGAGCUGGAACGCCAGUUUCUUGAGUUGUUGCAGUUCAAUAUUAAUGUUCCCUCUAGUGUUUAUGCCAAGUAUUAUUUUGAUUUGCGUUCCCUGGCAGAAGCGAAUAACCUGAGUUUUCCUUUGGAGCCCCUCAGCAGGGACAGGGCGUAUAAACUUGAGGCCAUUUCCCGCUUGUGUGAAGAUAAAUAUAAGGACUUCAGGAAAGCCGCAAAGAAACGGUCAGUCAGUGCUGACAAUCUGACUGUGGUUAGAUGGUCCCCUGCUAUUAUCUCCUAACCCAGGAGACUGGAGUAUUCCUACGGACGUACUGUUUCAUCCAUCCAUUUUUUUGGAGGUGGGCUGGGGG